AUGCCAUACGGUAAAUUGUCUGAAUUUUGCUUCGACGAAAACAAAAACUGGUCCGCGUACGUUAGGUUGGUGAAGCAGUUCAUUUUGUUAAAUGAUAUUAAAACCGAGUUACACGUGGCCACGUUGUUAACGCAUGUCGGCGCACAGACUUAUCAACUUAUGUGCGACUUGUGCGCGCCUGAUUUUCCCGAAGAUAAAACGUUCGAACAAUUGAUCGAGUUAGUGGCUGGCCAUCUGGAACCCAAGCGAUCGGAAAUAGCGGAGAGGCACACCUUUCGCCAACGACGUCAAGUAGAGGGCGAAUCGAUUGGCGCAUUUCUGCAGAGCCUCAAACACCUUGCCACUCAUUGUAACUUCAAAGCUACGCUGGAGGUGAAUAUUCGUGAUCAGUUCGUGUCUGGACUCCGAAGCGAAGAAAUGCGCUCGAGAUUGUUCGCUGAGCCGUCGUUGGAUUACAAGAAAGCGGUGGAGUUGGCGCUUGCGCUGGAGGCGGCCGAGCGGCAUGCGGUGGAGGCCGCGGCCGGUGGCGCGCCGGAGGCAAGCGGCUCGCUCGCUGGACUCACGCCGGCUGCGCUGGCCGCGCCGAUGCAUCGGUUAGUGGCCGGGCAACAGCUGACCCGACGCACCUGUUGGCGCUGCGGGAAAGGAGCUCACGCGCCGAACAAGUCUGUAGACAGUAGCUCGUACGGUCUAGGCGCCGUGCUUUCGCAGCUAUAUUCGGACAACACCGAACGCAUCGUGUGUUGUGCGUCACGUACUCUUAAUGAGGCUGAGCGUCGCUACAGUCAAAUCGACAAGGAGGCGCUGGCGAUUGUGUACGAAAACAGUGAAAUUGAAAAUGAAAAGCCGUACUUUAAUAGAAAAGAUAGUCUACAUCUGGAUCACGGAUGCAUUGUUUGGGGGUACAGGAUCGUUAUUCCAAGAACACUGCGUUCACAAAUCUUGGAUGAGCUACAUGCUGGACACGUGGGUGUAGUGCGCAUGAAACAAAUAGCGCGCAACUACGUGUGGUGGCCGAACAUUGACGCAGAUAUCGAGGCGAGAGCGCGCGCUUGCAUUCCCUGUACCAGUGUACUCGAUGCUCCACCGGCAGCUGCACCGAGAAAUGGUGUAAAACAUAUCCUCACGGCGCCUUAUCAUCCUUCCAGCAACGGAGCUGCAGAGAAUGCUGUGAAAAAUGUUAAGAAGGUCCUUAAGAAAGCAGCUUUGGAAGGGGAGGACACUGAAAGAGCGUUGUGUAAAUUUUUACUACAGUACCGAAACACUGAGCAUACAAUUACUAAACGAGAACCGGCCGUCGCUAUGUUCGGCCGCACUCUUCGAACACGUUUUGAUUUAUUACGAGGUUGUACCGCCGACCACGUUGAGGAGGCUCAAAAGACACAAGUCAGAUUGGCUAAAACUAGUGCAGAAAGACAGGUUGUCGAGGGGGACAAUGUACUGGUCAGGAAUUACAGUAAAAGCAACACUAGUAAAUGGCAGCCUGGAAUUGUAGUCGAGCGCACGGGAGCGGUUACAUACAAAAUACAAACAGGUGAUACUAUAAGUACUAAACAUAUUGACCAAAUACUCCCUUUACGCAAGAGUAAUAGGUUCUCCCUACCUGGUCCCAUCGAAAAUGAUAAUAGUUCAAUGGCGAAGCCGGAGAUUGAUAAUUUGGAGGACACCAGCAACUCAACUCCAGCUGAGAGUGAAACAAAAGAAGCUGAGCCUGCUGGAAGCAAUGCCCAAAGCAUACCUGCCACUCAUGAGCGUUCCCCACCUAGAGUCAAGACAUACAAUUUACGUCCCCGUCCGAUUAGGACUAAUCGUGACAUUUAG